ACAAUUAUAACUUUUUCAGAUCAUCCAUCAUGGAUGAGGACACGGGGCUAAGGUCCCACCGUCGAGACCGAAAGGAGAGGAAGGAGAAGGAAAGACGAGACCGAGACCGCGAUCGGGACCGUGACCGCGGAGACAGAGACAGGGAGAGGGACAGGGGAGACCGAGGAGACCGAGGAGACCGAGACAAGGACCGGGAUCAUUACCGGGAGAGGGAAAAAGAUAGGGCCAGCGAGAGGGACAGAGAUUAUGAUAGAGACAGAGAGCGCAACAGAGACAGAGAAAAGGGACGAGACAGAGACCGCGAAAAGGACCGAGGGGAUAAGAGGAAGAGGUCGCCAGACGCUAGAGCCAAAGAGGAGCUCAAAGUAGAAGAGGACGAUGAAAAGGACAGAGCUGAGGAGAAAGAGAAGAAAAUCAAGAAGGAACCACUCUCCCUCGAAGAAAUGGUUGCCCGGAAGAGGGCUGAGGAGGAGGCUCUCAGUCGACCCAAAUUCCUGUCCAAGGCAGAGAGAGCAGCUGAAGCACUGAAGCGACGUCAGGAGGAGGUUGAGGAGAUGCGGAAGAGACAGGACGAUGAACGGAAGAGUCGCGAACAGAUGUACCAAGAAGGGCGGCGUGAGCUGGAGCAGGCCCUCCGACAGGAAGACCCUCGGGAACGUGACCGCCACAGGAGAGACCGUGAGCCCCGAGAGAACAAGGAAGACCUGGAGUUGGAGAAGAAGAAGCAGUUAGAGAGGGAUGCGGUCAACGAGAGGUACUUGGGCAUCGUAAAGAAGAAGAAGAAGGUCCGCAGGCUGAACGACCGUAAGUUCGUCUUCGACUGGGAUGCCGGCGAGGACACGUCGGUGGACUACAAUGAGCUCUACAUUAACAAGCAUCUCGUGCACUUUUUCGGCCGGGGACACUUCGGAGGGUUGGAUCUGAAGGAGCAGAAGAAGGUGCAGUCGAAGUUCUAUGGGAAUUACAUCGAGCAUCGCCGCACUCAGGCCGACAAGGACCAGGAGAUCAUCCGCAUGAAGAAGGAGCAGAAGAAGGAAGAUAAGAAGAGAUGGGACGACCGGCACUGGAGCGAGAAAGUUCCAGAACAGAUGACGGAGCGAGAUUGGCGUAUUUUCAGGGAGGAUUACAAUAUUGCUAUUAAGGGUGGGCGCAUUCCCAACCCCAUCAGAAAGUGGUCUGAAUCCAACAUAAAGAAAGAAAUCCUGGAUAUCAUUUCCAGUGUGGGGUACACAGAUCCUACGCCCAUUCAGCGGCAGGCCAUCCCCAUUGGCCUGCAGAAUCGAGAUAUCAUUGGUGUGGCCGAGACGGGUUCGGGUAAGACUUUAGCCUUCCUCAUCCCUCUCCUGGAAUGGAUUCAGUCUUUGCCAAAGAUUGCUCGCCUGGAGGAUGCGGAUCAGGGUCCGUACGCCCUGGUUCUGGCCCCUACGCGUGAGUUGGCGCAACAGAUUGAGGAGGAAACAACGAAGUUUGGUGGGCCGCUGGGUAUACGUACUGUUGCUGUCAUUGGUGGUUUGUCUCGAGAAGAGCAGGGCAUGAAGUUGCGAAUGGGUUGUGAGAUCGUUAUUGCCACGCCAGGUCGUCUUGUGGACGUGCUAGAAAACCGGUAUCUCGUGCUGAACCAGUGUACAUAUGUUGUGUUUGAUGAGGCCGACAAAAUGAUUGACAUGGGUUUCGAGCCAGACGUCCAGAAAAUCCUUAAAUUCAUGCCAGUAACCAACGAGAAACCGGAUAACGACGAUGCAGAAGACGAGGAUAAAUUGCUUCAGAAUUUCCUCUCCAAGCACAAAUACAGACAAACUGUCAUGUUUACCGCUACUAUGCCUCCCGCGGUAGAGAGGAUGGCAAGGCAGUACCUGCGUCGACCGGCCUACGUAUACAUUGGUUCGGUGGGCAAGCCUGUGGAGCGCGUGGAACAGAUCGUGUACAUGGUCAGCGAACAGGAGAAGCGCAAGAAGCUGCUCGACAUCCUGAAGCGCGGUAUCACUCCUCCAGUGCUGAUCUUCGUCAACCAGAAGAAGGGCGCGGACGUCUUAGCUCGAGGUCUGGAGAAGCUGGGAUACAACGCGACCACACUCCACGGAGGAAAGGGACAGGAGCAGCGUGAGCACGCCUUGGCCAACCUCAAGUCCGGUGCCAAGGAUAUCCUGGUGGCCACCGACGUCGCCGGUCGAGGUAUCGAUAUCAAGGACGUGUCGCUGGUCAUUAACUACGACAUGGCCAAGAACAUCGAAGAUUAUACCCACAGAAUCGGUAGGACGGGUCGUGCUGGUAAGCAUGGCAAGGCUAUUUCCUUCCUGACCAAAGACGAUUCGCACCUCUUCUACGACCUGAAACAGUUGAUACUGACCUCCCCCGUGUCCACCUGCCCGCCGGAGCUGGCUAACCACUCCGAGGCGCAACACAAGCCUGGUACGGUUAUGACCAAGAAACGAAGAGAAGAGAAGAUAUUUGCCUAACCCAUAGUUUUUAUGAAAUAUUUGUUUCACAAUAAUAACUCCAAAGCUGUAUUGUUUAUACAGUGUUCGUUUUGUUGUGGAAAAACAUAACCAGUAUAUUUCGUAUAUAUUUUGGUAGAAAAUAUUCUAAGGAAAUGUGAAUCAACAAACAGAAGUAGGGCAGUUGUGGUAUUGUGGUAUAUUUGUAUCUUGAUACGAAUGUUGUUUUUUGUCAUAAAUUAUAUAAAACGAAUAUUAAGGUGAACUCCGUUACGUAACAUUUGUACUGUAUACUUGAUAGAGUUUAAGUUUAUAUAUACCAGUAAACCCUGAUCAGGAUUAGUUAUAUUUUAAGAUUGUCAAGUAUAUCUCGGCUGUAUUUCGUACCACACUCGCAAAGAAUUGAUACAUUGAUACCAAUAAAAUAUUUAUAAAGCUCAA